AUCCCUGUCGGCCCGACUGUGGUACAGACCUCCAUGACCCGGUCCCAGGUCGCCCUGCUGGGCCUGGGCCUGCUGUUCAUGCUGCUACUGUAUGUGGGGCUGCCAGGACCCCCUGAGCAGACCUCCUGGCUCUGGGGAGACCCCAAUGUCACAAUCCUAGCUGGUCUCACCCCUGGCAGCUCCCCCAUUUUUUACCGCGAGGUGCUCCCACUUCACCGGGCCCGCAGGGUGGAUGUGGUGCUGCUCCAUGGAAAGGCCUUUAACUCCCGGACAUGGGAGCAGCUGGGCACACUGCAGCUGCUGGCGCAGAGGGGCUACCGGGCCGUGGCCCUUGACCUCCCGGGUUUUGGGAACUCGGCACCUUCGAAGGAGGCAAGCACAGAGGCAGGGCGGGCACAGCUGUUGGAGCGAGUGCUGCAGGACCUAGAGGUGCAGAAUGUCGUGUUGGUGAGCCCUUCACUGAGUGGCUGCUAUGCCCUGCCCUUCCUGAUGCAAGGCCACCACCAGCUGCAUGGAUUCGUGCCCAUUGCACCUGCGUCCACCCAGAACUACACCCAAGAACAAUUCCAGGCCGUGAAGACCCCGACUCUCAUCCUGUAUGGGGAGCUGGACCGCGUCCUGGCUUGGGAGUCACUGCGGCAGCUCCGCCACCUGCCUAACCACUCUGUGGUGAAGCUGCGCGAUGCAGGCCAUGCCUGCUACCUCCACAAACCACAAGACUUCCACCUCGUCCUUCUUGGCUUCCUUGACCAUCUGCCUUGAGCUCACCCACUGUCCAGGCCCCAGGCCUGGCCUGAACUUGGAGGAUCUGGACCAGUCUCCACCAGGGAGGCAGUCCCUGGGGUUGGAGGGUAGAGGCCAGAGGGCCAGGCCCAGUCAGGACCUCUCAUUUCAUCUCAGAGGCACAAUAAAAGAAAGCAUUUUUGUUAUGCCUAGGGAGUGA